AUGGAAUCCGCAUCGCAAAGCUCAGAACUCCCUUCAAAAUGGCCAACCGCCCUCGACCUCGCCGGCUCCGCGGCCCCAUGCCGAAUGGAAGGAGAAGUCGGGGACUUGAUCGUCCAGGGCGAAAUCCCAGACGGCAUUGAAGGGACAUUCUACCGUGUAAUGUGCGAUCCAUACAUGCCCCCGGACCCCAACAACAUCCCUCUAGAUGGGGACGGCAACAUAUCAGCAUUUCGAAUCAAAAACGGCCGCGUCGACAUGAAAAUCAAGUAUAUCGAGACAGAGCGCUACAAGCUUGAGCGACACGCCAACAAAGCGCUAUUUGGCCUCUACCGCAAUCCCUUCACCCAUCAUCCCUGCGUCAGAUCUGCAGUUGACUCGACCGCGAACACGAACGUGCUUUAUUGGGCAAAUCGCAUGAUCGCUUUGAAGGAAGUCGCUCUCCCUUACGAAAUAGAUCCGCACACCCUCGAGACGCUCUGCUAUGAUCCGUUCGGUGACCAGGUCAAGUCCAAGACUUUCACGGCCCAUCCGAAGAUUGACCCAUACACCAACGAAUUGGUCGUCUUCGGCUAUGAAGCGAAGGGUCUUGCGACGAAGGAUAUAGUCAUCUACUCCCUUGACGCCGACGGCAAGAAGCAUGACGAGCAGUGGAUCGAGGCACCCUGGUGUGCCUUUGUGCAUGACUGUGCUAUCACGCCCAACUGGCUUAUUCUCGUCCUGUGGCCAUUCGAAUCCACACUCGAGCGGCUAAAGGCCGGGAAGCACCACUGGGCUUGGAACUACGACUUGCCCGCUACGUUUAUUGCCGUGCCUAGGAGAAAUAGCACACCACUACCACCUGGCUGGAAAGAAGGCGAGCAUAGAGUCUAUUCGUGGAAAAACUGUAUGGCUAUCCAUACCGGCGGGGCAUGGGAGGGUCAAGACGGGAAGUUAUACCUGGAAUCGUCACGCGUGCAUGACAACGCGUUCCCCUUUUUCCCAGCAGACGACGGCAGAAUGCCAUUGCCAGCCGCCAAGGCGGACUUUGUGCGCUGGGAGUUCGAUCUGAACACGGCCAGUGGAAGUACGAUUCCAGAUCCGCAGAUCAUCCUCGACACGCCCUCUGAGUUCCCCCGCAUGGAUGAGCGGUUCAUGACAAUGGAGCACGAAUUCAUCUUCCUGAAUGUGUUUAUGCCCGACCAGUCUAGUGGAGAGAAAAAUGUAUUCCAUGGGCUUAAUGGGCUUGCAAUGCAUAGUCACAGGUCGAACGAGACACGCUGGUAUUACGCUGGAGAUAAUUGCUUGGUACAGGAGCCCGUGUUCAUUCCUCGCUCUGCGGACGCUCCCGAGGGUGAUGGGUGGGUUCUUGCUAUGGUGGAGCAGCGGGCUGCAAAUAGCUGUCGUCUUGUUAUACUCGAUACGAAGGAAUUUGAGAAGCCGAUUGCUUUUGUCCAGCUUCCUCUUCAUGUUAAGGCGCAGGUGCAUGGGAACUGGGUUGAUGGUUCUCUUCUUUCUACAGAGAAAAGCAUUGUUCGGACGUUCCCUCCGCCUGUCAUCAGUGGCCAGGGAGCUUUGGCCUCGCUGGAAUAG